ACAGGGGGGUUGGUGAAUGGUGCCGACCGCGGCCAUCGCAGUUGGAGGCUAUUUUUUGGGGGGGUGAGUAGCGUCCAUGGAGUUACUUUGCGCUCACUCCUAGCCGCACGGGCUUGGGUCCGACCGGUUAACCGUCCCCGGCAGGGGUGCGGGGCUGGGAAAACCGUGGGCCCAGCCGCCUCCCUCGCCGCGACCCCGGAUGGAUGCGCGCCCCCCGCCCGCCCGCGUCGGCCCCAGGAGCUCCGGGUUUCGGGAGCAUCCUUCCCGCGCCCGCCCCCACCACGGCGCGUAGCCGAGGGCAGCGCCCCUCGAAAGGGCACAGCGGAGCAAGGCUAGGCCAAAGAGCCAGCUCCCUUCUCUGAAGAAGGGAUCAGAAGGACCCGGCAGCUGCCGAUGGGCAGCCAUCUGUGGGAACAAGCGGACUGAGCUUUGCCCUCUCUGAGGUGGAGAAUAGGGUGAGAAGGUGCUGAAGGACAAAGUAGACAAAGCCCCUUUCAGACUCCCAGGAUCCCCUUGAUGGAAGAGAAGAGGCGAAAAUAUUCCAUCAGCAGCGACAACUCUGACACCACUGACAGUCACGCGACAUCUGCGUCAAGAUGCUCCAAACUGCCCAGCAGCACCAAGUCGGGCUGGCCCCGGCAGAACGAAAAGAAGCCCUCCGAGGUUUUCCGGACAGACUUGAUCACAGCCAUGAAGAUCCCAGACUCAUACCAGCUCAGCCCGGAUGACUACUACAUCCUGGCAGAUCCAUGGCGACAGGAGUGGGAAAAAGGUGUGCAGGUGCCGGCAGGGGCCGAGGCCAUUCCGGAGCCUGUGGUGAGGAUCCUCCCACCACUAGAAGGACCCCAGACAUCCCCUAGCGGCUAUGAACUUGGCGAGGGCUCCCAGCCUGAUUGGCCAGGGGGCAGCCGCUAUGACCUGGAUGAGAUUGAUGCCUACUGGCUGGAGCUCAUCAACUCGGAGCUGAAGGAAAUGGAGAGGCCAGAGCUGGACGAGCUGACCUUAGAACGUGUGUUGGAGGAGCUGGAGACACUGUGCCACCAGAAUAUGGCGCGUGCCAUCGAGACGCAGGAGGGGCUGGGCAUCGAGUAUGAUGAGGACGUCGUCUGUGACGUGUGCCGCUCUCCCGAGGGUGAGGAUGGCAACGAGAUGGUCUUCUGUGACAAGUGCAACGUCUGUGUGCACCAGGCGUGCUACGGGAUCCUCAAAGUGCCCACGGGCAGCUGGCUGUGCCGGACAUGUGCCCUGGGUGUCCAGCCAAAGUGCCUGCUCUGCCCCAAGCGUGGAGGAGCCUUGAAGCCCACCAGAAGCGGGACCAAGUGGGUGCACGUGAGCUGCGCUCUCUGGAUUCCCGAGGUCAGCAUCGGCUGCCCGGAGAAGAUGGAGCCUAUCACCAAGAUCUCGCAUAUCCCGGCAAGCCGCUGGGCUCUGUCCUGUAGCCUCUGCAAGGAGUGCACUGGCACCUGCAUCCAGUGUUCCAUGCCUUCCUGCGUCACGGCGUUCCACGUCACAUGCGCCUUUGACCAUGGCUUGGAAAUGCGGACUAUAUUAGCAGACAACGACGAGGUCAAGUUCAAAUCGUUCUGCCAAGAACACAGUGAUGGGGGCCCCCGGGGUGAGCCCACGUCUGAACCCAUGGAGCCCAGCCCAGCCGGUGAGGACCUAGAAAAGGUGACCCUACGCAAGCAGCGGCUGCAGCAGCUGGAGGAAGACUUCUAUGAGCUGGUGGAGCCGGCCGAGGUGGCUGAGCGCCUGGACCUGGCGGAGGCGCUAGUCGACUUCAUCUACCAGUACUGGAAGCUGAAGAGGAAAGCCAAUGCCAAUCAGCCGCUGCUGACCCCCAAGACUGAUGAGGUGGACAACCUGGCCCAGCAGGAGCAGGACGUCCUCUACCGCCGCCUAAAGCUCUUCACACACCUGAGGCAGGACCUGGAGAGGGUUAGAAAUCUGUGCUGCAUGGUGACAAGGCGCGAGAGAACGAAACACGCCAUCUGCAAACUCCAGGAGCAGAUAUUCCACCUGCAGAUGAAACUUAUUGAACAGGAUCUGUGUCGAGAACGAUCUGGAAGGAGAGCAAAGGGCAAGAAGAGCGACUCAAAAAGGAAAGGUCGCGAGGGCCCGAAAGGCAGUCCUGAGAAGAAAGAGAAAGUGAAGGCGGGACCAGACUCGGUCCUGGGGCAGCUGGGCCUGUCCACGUCCUUCCCCAUCGAUGGCACCUUCUUCAACAGCUGGCUGGCACAGUCUGUGCAGAUCACAGCGGAGAACAUGGCCAUGAGUGAGUGGUCCCUGAACAAUGGGCACCGUGAGGACCCUACUCCGGGGCUGCUUUCGGAGGAGCUGCUACAAGACGAGGAGACGCUGCUGAGCUUCAUGCGGGACCCCUCACUGCGACCUGGUGACCCUGCCAGGAAGGCCCGAGGCCGUACCCGCCUGCCAGCCAAGAAGAAACCACCCCAGGAAGGGCCCGGUUCACGGACGACUCCAGACAAACCCCCCAAGAAACCCUGGAGCCAGGAUGCAGGCAGCGGCAAGGGGGGUCAAGGGCCACCUGCCAGGAAACCACCACGGCGAACACCGUCUCACCUGCUCUCCAGUCCUACAGCUGGGGACUGCCCCAUCCCAGUUACUCCCGAGAGCCCCCCACCCCUGGCCCCUGAGACCCUGGACGAGGCAACCCCAGUGACAGCCGACUUGAACGUCCAAGUGCCUGGCCCGACGGCGAGCCCCAAGCCCUCAGGCCGGCUCCGACUGCCUCGAGAGAGCAAGGGAACCCGGAGGUCGCCGGGCACCAGGCCUGAUGCUGGGACAGGACCGCCUCCUGCUGUGGCUGAGAGACCAAAGGUCAGCCUGCACUUUGACAACGAGACUGAUGGCUACUUCUCUGAUGGGGAGAUGAGCGACUCAGACGUGGAGGCCGAGGACAGCGGGGUACAGCGGGGUCCCCGGGAAGCAGGGGCUGAGGAGGUGGUCCGCAUGGGGGUUCUAGCCUCCUAAGUCGCUCCUACCCCUGUCCCGGGCCCUGCCCUGGUUCCCCCACAAGGCCUCAGCCCAGUCACAACUGCCAUUUCCAAUCUUUGCUGAGUGUCGCAGACCCUCGAGGCUGCCACUCUGUUGUGGUUUUAUUUUUAAUAUAGAGAGAGUUUUGAAUUCCACACUGUUGUCUUUCCUCUGUGCUGGCCUAGGACAUUAGGAUUCCUUCCACGGCUCUGGCCACAAGGACCACGCCAGGUCCUGUGCAGCCUCCCCACCGAGGCAGCACCCCUGCCCCGGCCCACGUGGCGUCACUGGGCUCCUGGCGAGGUGAAGGAGCGCUCAGGACUCCAGCCCGCUGCCACUGGGUGACACCGACUGUCGUUAGGGCAUUAUUUCAUGGCAGAUGGGCCAGCCCAGGGCCUGCCCCGCCUUGCCCAAGUCCCACUGGGGUCCAUUUGGGGGGUCCUGCUGCACUCCACUGAUCCCCAAGGAAGUAUACAUAAUAAGUGACACCCAGCCAGAGUCUACUCACUGUCACAAGCACAACGAGCUUAUCCGAGAAAGCACUGAGGGGGCGCCGAGGGCCCGCCGGUUCCAGGGGAACCUCAGCGGUUGCUGAUAACCCACAUCAUCCGAGGCCUGCCUGCCUACCCCGCGCCCCUCCACUCCCUUGCUGCUCCUCCCCUGCCAGCGCCCAGCCCGGCGGCUCUGGAAAGGGGUUCCCAGAAUCCUUCCUGAGCUGUGCCAUUUACUCAGGGGACUCCCAAACAGCCAGCCGCCAGUGCCAGCGGAGGGCUGCAAGGGAGGGCCAGUGCCCAGACAGGGGCGUGGGGCUCAAACUCGCCCACUGCAGAGAAUCACUCUGGGGCUCCAACUUCCUUCCUUCGGGGCCAGUCUUGGCCAAAGUCUGGUCACUUCCCGACAGCUGACCAGGCCAGACCGUUUGCCUUUUCAAGUUUCCCAGUCCUGCAAAGAGAUGAGCUUCUUCCUCGGUUUCCUUUUGGAAACUCCUCCUUCCAACAAGCAGUGGGAUCCCGGGGCCCAGAGUGGGCCAGCAGUAGCCUGCUGGGGCUGUUCUAAGUCUUGCUGGAUGUUCCUGGUUCCUUAGUCCCUUCAAGCCUUAACCCCUUUCCCAGCUACGACACUCCCUUCCCCUCCCCCUUCCAUCCUGUCUUUCCCUGCACCUCCCAUCUCACCCCCCAGGUCCCAGAUAGUUGCUCUGAAAAGUUUGAGUGGAGUGGCCCCAGGGUGAUAGCUCAGGGAACAAACAAAAAGGAAUUCAGUGAAAGCGUUUUUUUUUUUUGUUUUGUUUUUGUUUCUUCUUUUUUCUUUUAUAAAUUACUCCUGGGUCACUUCCGCCACUGGUCAUGCCAGAACUUCUCCAACAAGAACCUUGCAAAAGUCCAGUGUAUCAGUCGAAUCAUUCUAUGGAUGCCAAAGAAUAUUUUGACCAUAAUACAGCACAGCCUGGACCUGACAACUUGUCGCUUGGACUUUUCUUCAUGGAGUUCUUUAGCAACAAAGUCUAGAAAAACGUCUGUUGCGCACACCCACGGAGCGAUCCCAAAGCUCUCGAAAGAGAAGGCUGUCCUGUUGCUGAGCUGUUGGGACUGGGAACCGGGCGUUGGAUUUCAGAUUCUGGGCUGGGCCCCCUGUGAGCUCUCCUGGACUCUGAGACUCACAGGGGGACGAACACUGACAGCGAAACCAGCGCGGCAAAGUCUUGACCCUGUGAUUCCCCCCAUGAAGACACAAAGCGCAAGUAAGAGGGAUGGGGUGCAACUCGACACACCCCUCCAACUGACUCCAGCAAAACUUUCAAGGUACGACAGUGGCGUUGUCAUCAACACUUGGUUUCAUGUGAAUCUUAGCAAAACAGGAAACAAAGAUAAUGGCUGAGUUCCAAGGAUCGGACAGAUGUGUCCAGUCAGAGUGGACUUGGCCUGGGUUUCAAGGAUUCUGGGCGUUGGGAUGGCCUGAGCCACGUGCAGAGCUCAGUCCGGCUGCCCGCCUUAGUAGCAGUGGCCUGUGCAGCGGCAGCGUCCCGACCCCACUCUAUUUACUGCCUUGAACAGACCUUCCUUCUCCAUGCUUCAGGUCACUUCGGGUCACACAACCCUUAUAUGCUGGAUCACCCGGUCUGACCUCACUGGGAGAGGGGACAAAGGGAUGAGCUUAAAGAACAACCAACUCUGCUGGGGAUGGGGUGGGGAGGGAAGUGCUGGGUGUUGGCUCAGCUCCCCUAGUUGGGGCACUGGCCCCUUUACCCCUUCAUCCAACUUGAGGCAGAAUCUGGGCCCCAUAGGGGUAGGAGUGGGGCAAGAAACCAGGGAGAAGUGGGUUUGCCCAGGGUUUGGACCAGGCAGACUCAACGGGUAGCCAGCGCUCCUCGGGCCUCUGGUGGCUCACGUGGCCUCUGGCUUCCCGCCAUUCUCUCAAUCAGCUCUUGCUAAGGACCAGGCUGUGCCUGGGGCCUGUGUCCAGCAUGGAGCUCAGGUGUUCAUUAGUCUAGCUGGCUUUGGCCCCAUCACUUCCAGGCCAGGCUCCAGCAUUGUCCUCACCAGCAGCUGUCCACCUCCAGGAUGUCCACCCAGCAGACUGCAAGGAGGACAAGGAUGCCGGUUCCUGCCGCUGUCCUUCCCCCAUUAGCCACAGUCCCUUCAUUCCCUUUCUUGCCUACUGUCCACCUCUAAGAUUAAGGCAAGAGGCAGGGGAAAAGAUAGAUGACCUUUUUCAGGCCAGACAGAGGCCGACCUUUCACUUGACCCCAUCUUCCCACACUCACUGCCCCUCCUUUGGGAGGGAGAAGCUGCUCUGUAAUUCAUUCUGGUUGUCACCACCAUUCUCUCAAUCCUGACUGCCCAUCACCUCCUCCCUUCAUCACAGUGAGAAAGGAUAAUGUGCAAGGAUAGUAUUUUUAUGGAUUGUAAAUGUAUUUUAAGACAAAUAAGGAUAAGAGAGGUAGAGGGUUUAUUUUACUAAAUGAGCUCCAGCUCUGUGACAGUGUAUAAGCAUUUGCUGUGGAAGGCUCUCGGUUUCUUGGAGAAGCCACCCAGGUUUCCAGGCACGGGUGUUGCACUGUGGAUGUGUGGUGUGUGCCAGGGCACGUCUCGUGUCCCCGUGCAUGCAUGUUUGUGUGUGUUGUGUAUGGGCACGCUACGGGACUUGCUGGGGCAAUUCCUAGAGAAUUAACUGCCCAAUUCUAACCAACUUUGGCAGCAGCUGGACUUGGCAUUUCCUUGCCCACAGCCAGAUGUGGCCAACCUCUGUCCAGCCUGAAGCUCUGCAGAAUGGUCUGGAUGUCUGUAGCCAAGCUGUCAGGGAGGCCACUUGCCAUGCCCCUGGCCCAGCUGGCCACAUUGGCCAAAGAGCCAGGGUUGGAGUCUGGGAGCUUUGGUUGUUCUUUAAGGCGCUUCCUGCCACCUAGUCCCUCAGACGCACAGCACUCUGUGCUCCACAUCGGCUCGGGGUGGGGGGAUGAUAUGAAUGUCACAGGAGGAGACACCUUCUGUCUUUGUUUCAAAGAAAGUGAUGUGCCAUUUGUUAAUAUACAAGAGAAAUAUUGAAAAUAUAUUGAAAAGAGCAAUUUUAAAUUAUUUUUGGCUUAUGUUGCAAUAUUUAUUUUCUUG